UCGGUCGCUAGCUCCCAUUCCGCCGCUCACGACCACAGACACGCGGCGCCACCCCACCUUUCCCCUCCCCUCCAGCCAUUCCCCAACGCGACGACCACACCCGCACCGGGUCAUAGCGCGCGGCACCUCGCAAGGUCGCAGCACCGCUCGGCGCUCGCACCAGCGCAAACCCCUCCCUUGUCAAAGUCCACUCCGCACGCGCCGGCGCGUUUCGGUGCGCCUGCUUGCUCUGCCCCGCUCCCCACGCAAGGCCAAGCCCCGCCGCCAACGCGCCGGAGCGGAGCGGAGGUGCCCGAGCCCAUCCCAUGGCGGCGCCGCAGCGCCCGCGCCCGCGCCCCCGGCCGCAGCUCGCGCGCACCAACGCGAUGAAACACUCCUACCCGGCCGAGGACGAAGGCCCCGCGGCCGAGCUCGGCUCCGAGUUCGCGUCGCAGACCAGCUUCCGCAUCCGCUGCGGCCGCGGCGCGGGCGCGGAGGUCGCCGACCUCUUCCGCAAGCUCGGCCUCUCGGGCCCCGAGGACUUCACCAUCCCCCCAGCCAUCUACGCCGCCGCCAUGGCGUACCUCCCCGAUCUCUCCCGCCGGCGCCGAGAGUCGCUGGAGGCGUCCCUGGGACGGGGUGCGGGCGCCGAGGGGUCCGCAUCACCGGAGCUUCCAGAUGUUUCUGGACGGGACGUCGUGGUCGCAGCGAGGCUGGAUACAGCCGAGCUGAGGGAGGAACCUGUGUUAGCUACCAAAGUAGUCAAAGCAGAGGUUGUUGAAGUUUCUGCACGAUCCUACGAAGGGGAUGGAGCUGAAUCGAGCAGCAGAGUUGUCGAAUUGGAGGUGGCUGAAGCUUCCAGACGAGAGGUUGCCACCGUGGUGAAGGCGGGGAAUGCAGACAAAGAGAAAACCAGGCUAUCGAGCAGCAGAGUCAAUGCGGUCAAGGUGGAUCCGCUGCGAGUGGAGAGGAGAAAACCUGUGGUUGUGGAGGCGAUAAGGGAGACAACCGGUGUCGUGGUUCAAGUUGUAGCAGAGUCCACUUCUUGUGACAUUGAGCAUUUGAUCUCACCGUCGCCACACAGGCGGUUUAAGAGAACCAUCACGUCUUGGCUCAAGGGAGGGCAUCUUGGGAGCGGAUCGUUUGGGUCUGUGUAUGAGGCGAUCAGCGAUGACGGUUUUUUCUUUGCUGUCAAGGAGGUAUCCUUACUUGACCAAGGACUGAAUGCAAAACAACGCAUUUGUCAGCUCGAGCAUGAGAUAUCCCUCUUGAGUCGCUUGGAGCACGAAAAUAUAGUUCGGUAUUUUGGAACAGAUAAGGAAGAUGGGAAGCUAUAUAUUUUUCUUGAACUUGUUACUCAAGGCUCUUUGGCAGCUUUAUAUCAAAAAUACCGUUUACAAGAUUCACAAGUCUCAGCAUACACAAGGCAAAUUCUGAAUGGUUUGAGCUAUCUACAUCAGCGCAAUGUGCUGCACAGAGAUAUCAAAUGUGCCAAUAUACUAGUUGAUGCAAAUGGAUUGGUUAAAUUGGCAGAUUUUGGACUUGCAAAGGAGAUGUCAAUUUUGAGUCAGGCAAGAUCUAGCAAGGGAACUGUGUACUGGAUGGCCCCUGAGGUUGCCAAGGCUAAGCCACAUGGACCUCCAGCAGAUAUAUGGAGUCUUGGCUGCACAGUUUUGGAGAUGCUGACUGGCAGAGUUCCGUACCCUGAUAUGGAAUGGACAUACGCCUUGCUUAAAAUUGGUAGGGGAAUUCCACCAGAAAUUCCCAAUACACUAUCAGAAGAUGCACACGAUUUCAUAAUGAGGUGCGUCCAAGCAAAUCCAGAUGACCGGCCAUCUGCUGCUCAGUUGUUGGAGCACCCUUUUGUACAGAGACCACUGCAACAUUAAGGCGCCUGAUUUGCUAACAAAUUUGCUUCUAAAUAAGCUGAUAUAAAAUACUUGCGGAAAGCUUUUGCUGAUACUGAGGACGACCCUUAGCCUGAAUACCGAGGAUGACCCCACAAUCCGAAGGGCAAAGGUGUUCCUUGCUCACUGUGCCAUGUUCACACUCAUGUGAGAUAUCUGAAAUUGCUUUUUUAAGUACAUCGAGACAUUUAGCUAGAGGUAACUCUGCAGGCUGCAGAGUGGGUCAAGCCAUGUUUGGUUUAAAAUGAGCAUUGAGGAUGGCUGAUAGGAUGCGAUUCUUGGAGCUUGUCCAGUUUUUACUCCAUGCCCCUAUGAACCUCAUCACCCUCAGGGUGGAAUUCUAUGACGCUCUGCCCAAAAUGGAUUGGCUAAAAUUAUGAAUGCCAGUUCGCCAGAAUUAUGAACUCAUAUGGCCUGUCAACACAUUAGUUAUGUGUUUGAAGAAAAACAAGGCAAAUGGUUUAAAAUGAGCAUUGAGGCAUCUAGCUGAAGCAUUACAGAUUCACCUUGAACAAGAGUGGCUCCAUUUUAUCUGGCGCCUCAAUUGCUUAUUAUUAGGGUGAUUUGGACCUCAAGUGGUAAAGUUAACAAGUUUAUGUGCAUUUUAAUAGUUUGGAGAGACAAGUUCAAGGACCUUUAUUGUAUUUUACUCUUUUAUGAUUGAAACCGAUUGCUUUGAUGACUGAUGGA